UCCUCUCCUGAUGAACCGACGCUCCAUUGAACCGGAUUAGCUGACGGUUCCAGAGACAGCUGUCACUUCAAUAAAGCAACUGAAACAAUUUAAAUCUACAGGUUCGUCCGUACCGAAACGGUAUGCAGAGUGGACCGGAGUCUCCAGAAGGUUCCGUGUAGGUCUGCAGUACAGAGUGUCAUUUUAAAGACACCGCUCACUGGAAAUGAGCAGAAUCAGCAGCGGAGCUAACAGGCUAACUGCUUACUAACGGUUAAGAUGUUGAAUAAAUCUUACUGAAGACUCGGUGACGUUACCAGGGAGCCUGCGUGACGUAAUGGACUCCCUGUUGGACUUUGAGGAGUGCAUCAAGGACUCACCUGAGUUCAGACUGACUCUGGAUCAGUUUGAGGCCGAUGUUUCCUCGCUGGAGACCCACCUGGAUAAGGUGAUGAAGCUGUGCGGGAAGAUGGUGGAGGCGGGACAAGCGUACAACUCGGCCAAUAAGCUGUUCCUGAGCAGCCUGACGGAGCUGUUGUUGUAUCAGAAGAAGGAGACGGUGGUGAUGACCUGCCUGAACCAGUUCCAGCAGGGUUUGCAGGAGAUGCUGAGCUUCCACACGAUGCUGCUGGAUCAGACUCAGCGAGCCAUCGUCCAGCAGCUGUCCGGCCUCUGCUCACAGUUCCUGCCCCAGCUGGCCGACACUAGGAAGGAGUUCGUACGGAUCGGAGAGGACCUGGAGACGGCAGCGGCGAAGAACGCUCAGGUGUCGCGGCACAAAGCCGCCGACGCGGAGCGGGCGAGCCACCUGCUGCUCGCCACACGGAAAUGUUACCAACACUUUGCCCUGGAUUACUGCCUGCAGCUCAACACCUUUAAAACCCAACAGAAGAUGGACGUCCUAAACUCUGUGUUCUCCUUCGUGCACGCUCAGUUCACCUUCUUCCACCAAGGCUUCGACCUGCUCAGAGACCUGGAGCCCAGCAUGAAGACCCUGGGAGCUCAGCUUUCGCAGCUUUCUGCCGACUGCGCUACCAAGAGGAAGGAGCUGGAGAACCGACACCUGCUGGUGCAGCAGAGGGAUGCCUCAGGCGAGCCGAUGGUCAACUCGUGUCCCAGCAACGGUGCCGUCAUCCAGGGAUACCUGUUCAAACGCUCCAGGAGGAAAUCAAAGACCUGGAAGAGAUGCUGGUUCACCAUAAGAGAUCAUCAGCUCAUCUACAAGAAGUCCCACAAGGAGGACGCUGCCGUUCUGUUCGAGGAUCUCCGACUGUGUGCUGUGAAGCCUGCAGACCACAUGGAUCGACGGUUCUGCUUCGAGCUGCUGUCGGUCCAGAAGUGCUGUGUUCUGCAGGCCAACUCUGAGCAGCUGAAGCAGGCGUGGCUCAGCGCUCUGCAGGGCAGCAUCGAUCUGGCCUACAGGGAGAGGAGCGACGCUCAGCUCACACAGCCCAAAGAUCCUCCCCCCGUCCUCUCUGCCGGUGACGCUUCUCCAGGUCCAUCCUCCCAGAGGCCGGCGGUGCUUGGCGUGGCCCUCGGGGGCCCUGGGAACCAGCGGUGCUGCGACUGCGGGCAGGAGGAGCCACGCUGGGCCUCAGUCAACCUGGGAGUCACCGUGUGCAUCGAGUGCUCCGGCAUCCACAGGAGCCUCGGUGUUCACCUGUCCAAGAUCCGCUCCCUGACCCUGGACUCCUGGGAGGCCGAACAGCUGAAGCUGCUGUGUGUUUUGGGAAACGAUGUGGUGAAUGGGAUCUACGAGGCCAGAUGUUCUGAGAAAGGACGAGUCAAACCCACCUCCGACAGUCCGAGGUCAGAGAAAGAGAUGUGGAUCAGAGAGAAGUACGUGGAGAAGAGGUUCGUUCAGAGCAGCAGCCCAGGUGGAGCCCGGCCCGAUAAAGGGGUGGGGCUUCGUCUUUACCUGGCUUCUGUAGCUGGAGAUAUUGUUGCCAUGAUGACAGCUCUGGCUGAAGGAGCAGAGGUCAACAGCAGUGUCGCUGAGGAGGAGGGACGGACGGCGCUGAUAGGAGCGGCUGUCGGGGGGUCCCUGUUGGCCUGCGAGUUCCUGCUGCAGAACGGUGCAAAUGUGAACCACAGAGACCUUCGAGGGCGUGGCGCUCUGCAUGCUGCUGCUACCGCUGGACACACCGGACAGGUGUGUCUGCUGCUGAAGAGAGGAGCCAAUCAGUACGCUGUGGAUGAGACAGGGAAGGACCCGCUGGCUAUCGCGGUGGAGACGGCCAACGCUGACAUAGUCACUCUGCUUCGCAUGGCGCGGAUGAACGAGGAGAUGAGGGAUUCAGAGGGAGUGUUCAGUGGCACCGGUGAUGACGAGACGUUUCAGGACAUCUUCAGGGACUUUAGCAACAUGGCAUCAAAUGACCCGGAGAAACUCAGGAGGCAGUUCGUCCGAGGAGGCGAGGAGGAAGAGGAUGAAGGAGAUAAAAACAGCCAGCCAUACGCUGACUGACAGGAAGGGAAUCUGGGCUGUCCCUGUUACCAUAGUAACAGUUAGGAUGGACGUUUUUAAAAAUUUGAGUUGGACCAAACCUGAGAAGAUUCAUGUUUGUUUUCUGUUGAUGUUUUAGUUUGUGGGAAAAUUAUUUAUCAGCUCUGAUGGUGAAGUGGAGCUCACUGCAGACAGACAGGCGGUUCUGUUCUGGGAAUCAUUCAUGUUCCCGGGCUCUCCGGCUGAGUCUGAUGAAAUGAGACCAGGAGACAGGUUUUAUUAAUUACUGUGAAACGGUUCCAAUCAUUUCAGCCGGUUCUCUCUGAGGGACACAGAAUCAGCAGGAAGGAUUCAUCCUGGUCCAGUUGGACCUGCAGGAGGACAGAGGAAGACAGCUGCAGCUGAUGGACCCGGGUCAGUCAGGCAUAAAGCAGGAAAGAGAGUUAAACAGACUUUCUUUAUUUCAUAGGACCUCAGAUUGGUAUACAAAGUCAGAAGAACUUGAUCAGAUUCUUAAAGAGUCUGGACCACAGGAAAGGGAUCAACACUAAACUCUUCGGAUCAGCUAAACCACAUAAGCAGAACCUGAUCUUCACUGUGUGAGAAUAUGGACUAUAAGUUCUCAGAGUUGUUUCCUCUGUUAUGAAGUCAGAAUUGGUUCUGAAGUUUGUGUUUUCUGCUCUGAAUGGACCCGGCUGCUGUUUGAAAAAUCAGUGGCUGGACUUAGGUUCUGCUACUGCUGAAUAAAACCACUGAAUGU